AUGUAUGAAAUAGGACAAAUGGAUAGACAAGUUGCCGGUGUUGCAUUUCAAAACUGCAGACUUGGAAACAUAGUUUCUGGAGAAGACAAGCCUGUCACCGGAGAAAUGUACUUUUCCGCAGUUAACACAGUUUUCGAGAUCCUUAUAGACAAUGAAGAGUAUCUAAAGACAACCAUAAGAGAUCUUGCAUCUGGAAAACGCAAUGCAGCCCAGUCACAGGACGAGGCCAAGAGGUUGGCAGAGAUCGAAAGCAGAAUCUUUCAAACCAUGAAGGAGAUUCUUCGCUUCUCAAAAAGCCUUCUUUUCGAAAGCCCAAGGGGGCUUUCCGAAGUAAUCGGCUGGAAUCUAAAUGAUGUCUUGGAGUCUCAGGAGGACUUUAUGGAAUUAAUUUCAAAGGAAGUUGGAAGAUGCAUCCUAGGAGGAGACAACAUCCCGGGCUUUAUGGCCCUCCACAAGACAGAUAAAUACAACGAAAUAGUAUCUCUUGUAGGGACCAUUCCCAUAAGACAGAGUCUUCUUAAUCUUAAGAUAACUGCUCCUGUCUAUACACAGUGGGGAAUCCAGGGACCUAGCUGUAGUAUAAUCACUUAUGUACUCCUGGUGGUUUUUUGUACACGCCUCAAGGUAGAGCCAUAUGUUCUUCGCCAAUACUCGUCGAUAUAUUCCACCAUUUGA